GCCUCACUCUUUGCUAUUCAAGACAGAAAAGUUAUGAAAGUCAAAUAGGAAAGAAAUGCAAGACACGCGGUGGUGGUGUUGGUAACUAUAUACAAAGACGAUAUACUAAGAAAUUGCGAAAAAAAUCUACUUCCUCUCCUCUCUCCUCCCGUCUUCCUUUCUGUUAUGCGUCCAGCUCAGAUAGGGUCAGCGUGUGGUCGCCAGUUUCCAGUCGGCAAAUUCAUUCUGAAGUUGUGUGCACGUCACAAGAUAAUCAGAAGGAGAACGGUCCGAAUCCAUAUUAAUGUUUUUUUUGCACGUGAAUAUGCGCCAAUAUGGAAUUCAUUUCGAGCAAAUAAUUUUCUCGAUCCCCACCAGCAAAAUGGAAAAAACUUACUCUAG